AUGCGAUUGCUCUUCUCUAUGAAACGCGGGCAACGCUUGGGUGAUGACGUCCUGAAGCCUUUUGCUCCCGGACCACCUGCUGCGGCGGAACAACCCGAAGCUCGGGGUUACUUUGGCGCAAAUUGUGAUGAAGAUCGUGACCCCAAGGAACACCGAGCUCUUGAGUUCGGACCGACUGUUCAGCAAGCAAUGUCUGAUAACCGCCAACUCUUGCGCCUUUGA